ACAUCGUCCGACAAUUCAAUUUGGAAAGUAUCCACGACGCUUUCGUUAUUGCUAUCAACGAACAGUUCGUUGAAAGGGGAACUCUUCUGGAGAUUAACGACGGUGACGAGAUCGCGAUUAUUCCACCGCUCAGCGGAGGAUAAGCAAAGAUGGAAGAUCCGAGGGAUGUUGCGAAGCUUCACAGAGAAAAGUUGCAGGUGGAGGAUAUAAUAGAUUCGGUGGUAUCACCGAGUUGUGGCGCAAUCUCUACGUUUAUAGGAACAACGAGAAACAACUUUGACAACAAGAAAGUGUUGCAAUUGGAGUACGAGGCUUACGACUCAAUGGCAACUAAAGAGAUGGCAAAGAUUUGCAAAGAAGUAAGAUCGAGAUGGGCAGUGAAGCACAUAGCGAUUCAUCAUCGUUUGGGCCGUGUUCCAAUUUCAGAAGCGAGCGUUGUCAUAGCGGUUUCGUCCCCGCAUCGUCAGGAAUCACUGAAAGCGGUGGAAUACAUCAUAGACAAUUUAAAGGCAAAGGUUCCAAUUUGGAAGAAAGAAAUAUACGAAAAUGACGAGCCGCAGUGGAAAGAAAACAAAGAGUGUUCUUGGUCGACGAAAAAUCGUGGUGAGCAUCGAAUGAAAUCAGAAUGCGAUUCGGACGAAGAUUGCGAUGUUGUCGUCAUCGAUUCUAACCAAGUACAAAUUAGAGCCGACAAUGAAGAACUCAAUCGAAGAAUUGAGUCUUUUAUAACGAGAAAGCGUCAACAGGUGAACGCCGUUAAUGUUCAAGAGUUUUGCAGUCGCAGAUACCUCGGUGAUGAAGAGGGCGAAAUUUCGUGUGCCAGAGUCGAUGCUAUCCUCGUACGACGGAAAGACUCAAAAAGCCAUGUCAAAGUCCACAGAGUUCUGAAUUCACGAGGACCUCAGACAAUGGAUCCUCUAAUGUUAUUCGCCGAGACGAAUAAAUGUUCGAAAAAAAAUUCGAGCCAGGCCUCUGAUUAUCCAGCAUUGGAAGAAAGAUUGGACCUAUCGGAAAAAUAUCUAGGCCUAGCUAAACCAGUGCCGAGAGAUAUUUACGAGCGUAUGAAAAAGAUCGAGGAUAAAAUUCUUUAUCUCGAGAGUGUUUCCCCCGAAUAUAAAGAUUUUUGGAUAUCGGAAAGCCGCGACGCUUUGACGAACGAUCAAAAACACAUUCGAAAAAGGACUUACUCGAAAGUGGAACUGGACAACAAGCUCUCCGAACUCGAAACUCGAUAUGCCAAAAAAAUCAAGUGAUUCUUGUUGAAGUGAAAAUUUGAAUGUACGACAAUUCCAUGUUAUCUUCGUCUUAUUUUGACUGCUCGAUUGUGAUUCAAUUAGGAAAAAUAAUAUGAUGUAUAUGAAUAAAAAUUGCAUUGAUUAUAUUA